AGGCAAGCGCGCUCUUCAGUGUUCUGGUUGAGCUUCGAGCGAGCGCGUGUCGGCGAGUGUCCGAGUCUUGGCUUACGGUCUGUGAACUGUUGUGAACUUAGUUGGUGCGUAUGCUCGGGUCGGUAGCUCUACCAUGUUGAUAUCGGCGGGCAGCGGCCCCACACCCGACUUCUCGCCCGCUUCCUGCUGCUCUACGUGGAAGAUGGAGCCGGCGCCGCCCGCGCCAGUAUCCCUGUCGCAGCCUCUCAAUAUAUCGCCGAAUGUGCCCGUAUCACCGUCAUCGUCCGGCGGGGGGUCAACCACCCCCCUGUACCCCGCGUCCCACCCCCUCUCGUCCCUGCUGUCGCAGCAGCGCCUGCUGGACCUGUCGCGCUUCGGCCUGCGUCACUACGACAUAGCACACCACGUGCUGUCGCAACAGGGCGCUGUCACCAAGUUGCUCGGGACGCUCCGGCCGCCCGGGCUGAUCGGGGGGAGCAAGCCGAAGGUAGCGACGCCGGCGGUGGUGUCGAAGAUAGAGCAGUACAAGAGGGAGAACCCCACGAUAUUCGCUUGGGAGAUUCGCGAGCGCCUGAUAUCCGAAGGUGUAUGCACCAACGCCACGGCACCCAGCGUGUCGUCCAUCAACAGGAUACUGAGGAACAGAGCGGCAGAGCGCGCGGCGGCGGAGUUCGCUCGGGCGGCGGGCUACGGGUUGUACGCUGCACCCCCACCUUAUGGGGGUUUCCCAUGGGGCAACAGCGGGGGCUGGCCCCCAGGCAGCCUGCCCCUCCCACCCGGGGUCCCGCCGCCGCCCGUUGGCGUCCACCAUGACGCGAUGAAGCAAGGCUUUCUGCCGUCUUCUGGAAGGGGUCUCAUAGACGUUGAUGGUGACGAUUCUGGGUCGUUAGACGGCGAACAACCAAAGUUUAGAAGAAACCGGACUACCUUCAGCCCGGACCAACUCGAGGAGCUAGAGAAGGAGUUUGAGAAAUCCCAUUACCCCUGUGUCUCGACACGGGAGCGGCUAGCGUCCAAAACGUCGCUCUCAGAGGCUAGAGUACAGGUUUGGUUUUCCAACAGACGAGCGAAAUGGAGGCGCCACCAGCGCAUGAACCUCCUCAAGCGAGGUGGGGGCUCCCCCUCGCACCGCCUCCCGCACUCCCCCUCCCCCUCGCGCUCCCGCUCUCGUUCUUUGUCCCCCGCCCGCGUCCCCUACCACACCCCGCAGAUGGGCGGCGAGAACAGCGCCUUCAAGUCCCUCCAGCACCAGGAUUCGCUCAAAGCUCUGUCGCAACAGGCGCACUUUGAAACUAACGCGCUGAAAGCGCUCUCGCAGACCACGCUGGACGGCAGCGCCUUCAAGCCCCACCCAGCGCUAGAGAACAGCGCGUUUAAAGCGCUAGUCCCCAAUUCAGCUGCCGCAGCGCUGCUAGCGGCGCAGUCUAUCCAGCUAGCCAGAGGGUACGAGUCCCACUCCGAUUCCGACGAGGAAAUUAACGUUCACGACGAAAGCGACGACGAAGUCGAAAAACGGAACAGCAGGGCCAGAUCGAGAUCUCGAAGUCCGUGCCGACAGAGGACGGCGACAUGCAACGAGUUGCCGCUACAAUUGACUAAACAUGACCGUUCUUGUAGUAAUUGAGGUUAUUACGCUUAUCUUAUAAAUUACGUUUCCUAAGGUAAAUUAAAGUAAAUUAUAGACUACGCAGUACACACUCGAGCACCGAUACUCCUGUACAUUUGUAAAUUUCUGUAAAUAUGGCUAAAUGGCUGCAGACGUUCUUAUAAGGCUAACUUAUUUAUGAUUGCACAAACGAUUCUCCGCUUUAUCCUUCGCUAGGGAGCGAACGUAGAGUCUAUAAUUGUAUGAGGCGUCUCGCGUGAUGAUGACCACAUAAAUUUAUUUUAUUGUGACAAUUAAUGAAUCAGGACACGUCUUGUACAUUACUGUAUCUACUACAAUUUAUUAGAUUGGUUUAUUUUGCUUUUAUGAUUCUGAAUAUAAACAGUAUGCCAAAGUUUUGUAAUGGGCUGACGCUCACUUGAAUCACAGUUCCUAUAUAAGUUUAAAAUAUGUUGACAGACGAGCAGGAACUAAUAGAAGGCUAUCAGUGCAAUGAAAUUGUAAAAUGGAUAAAAUUAAUGUAUUUUAUGUAUGUAGUAAACAUGGAUUAUUUCCCCUACUUAUUGAAUAAUAGCUUU